AUGGGUUUUGUACCUCCCACCAAGAUACCACCCUCACCAAAGCCAAUCGGAACGGUGGCCAAUUUUGUGCAAUUGCUCGUCGCUUUAGUUAUACUAUCUUGGACAGUUCGAAAUUAUGUUGGUGUUACGGGGAAACCCCCCAAAACGGUCAUCGGAAAUGAUCAAAGAUCACUCCAGGAUAUCGUUACUUGGGAUAAACAUUCACUUUAUGUAAACGGUGAAAGAAUUAUGAUUAUGAGUGGUGAGUUCCAUCCUUGGAGGCUACCUGUUCCGUCGCUAUGGCUUGAUAUCUUCCAGAAAAUCAAAGCCGCCGGUUUCAAUUGCGUCUCUUUUUAUACCAAUUGGGCCCUAUUGGAAGGAAAACCUGGGAAUUUCUCGGCAGAUGGUAUAUUUUCUUAUGAUCAAUUUUUCGAAGCUGCGACUAAGACUGGUGUCUACCUCAUCGCGCGACCUGGCCCUUAUAUUAAUGCUGAAGUUAGCUUUGGUGGGUUCCCAGGCUGGCUUCAACGCACCAAGGGACAUUUGAGGACAUCGGAUGAAGACUACUUGGCAGCUACCGACAACUACGUUGCUCAGAUCGGCGCGAUUAUUGCCCAAGCACAGAUUACCAAUGGUGGCCCCAUCAUAUUGUAUCAGCCGGAGAAUGAAUACACCGUCGGAGUUUCUAUUCCUUUCCCCAGUGGGAAAUACAUGCAGUAUGUCGAAGACCAAGCACGUAGAGCGGGCAUUGUUGUGCCAUUAAUCAGUAAUGAUGCAGCCCCGCUGGGAACUAAUGCUCCGGGUACGGGGUUAGGUGAAGUAGAUAUCUAUGGACAUGACGCCUAUCCAGUUCAAUUUGAUUGUGGCAAUCCUACCACAUGGCCACCUUUAGCUCUGUCGGGAACGUAUCAUCAAAUACAUGAGUUACAAAGCCCUUCAACACCUUUUUCUCUUGUUGAGUUCCAGGGUGGUGCCUAUGAUCCUUGGGGCGGCCCAGGUUUUAACAAUUGUGCUGCUUUUAUCAAUCAAGAAUUCGAACGAGUUUUCUUCAAGAAUAACUUUGCUGCCGGUGCAACUAUUCAUAAUAUUUACAUGAUUUUUGGUGGAACUAAUUGGGGUAAUAUCGGACAUCCGGGUGGCUAUACAUCCUAUGAUUACGGCGCGGCGAUAUCUGAAGACCGUUCACUUACACGAGAGAAAUAUUCAGAACUUAAGUUGCAAGCUGAAUGGUUGAGAGUAUCGCCAGAAUACUUGGUCGCUGAACCGGGGCCUGCUCUGGUUUGGACUUACGCUAACAAUGCAGCCAUUACGGUGACUCGGCUUGCUGGCAACAACACCUUGGGGAGCGGAUCGUUCUUCGUUGUCCGCCAUAGCGAUUAUACUAGUACCUCUUCAGAUAAUUACAGGCUGAAACUCCCCACGUUAGAGGGGGAUAUAUCUAUCCCCACGCUUUUCGAUGAGCUCACUCUUCAUGGAAGAGAUUCUAAAAUUGUAGUUACGGAUUACGACGUCCGAGGGACGAAACUCUUAUAUUCAAGCGCCGAAAUUUUAACGCAUCAGAGAUUUGAAAAUGCGACAGUUUUGAUUGUGUAUAGCGGACCAAAUGGAUCCAAUGAACUCGCAGUACAAGCUACACCAAUCCUUCCCAUAACCGCGGACGAGUCUAUUAAAGUGAAUCAAACCAAUGGCCUUGUCACAUUGGCCUGGGCCACCGUUACAACAAGAAGGGUUGUUCGAAUAGAUGACUUCCAUAUUUAUAUUCUGGAUCGGAAUUCCGCUUACAACUACUGGGUGCCCGAGAUUGAUAAGUCUUCGUCGCUAAUCGUUAAUGGGCCUUAUCUCGUACGAAAUAUUUCAAUUGAUAAUGGUGUGAUUUCGGUUGUCGCAGACUUCAACAGAUCAACGACUGUCGAAGUUAUCGGAGCCGCCCAUAACACGACAAGUUUUAAAAUCAACGGUGAGAAGACCGGCUUUACUUUUGAGGAUGGAAUAUUGGUUGUGAACAUUUCGUAUUCGGCGCCAAAGCUGAAUUUACCCUCGUUGUCUGAAUUAUCGUGGACUUAUGUCGAUUCGCUUCAGGAGAUUCGAGUGGAUUACGAUGACACUGCAUGGGUGGUAGCAGAUCACCGAUCUACCAACAAUUCAUACCAGAGCUUACAAACCCCAACUUCCCUUUUCGCCGGCGAUUAUGGGUUUAAUGCUGGAGUACUCUUAUUCCGAGGUCAUUUUAUCGCUAAGGGCACGGAGAAGACUUUUAAAAUUAAAACCCAAGGUGGCACAGCAUACGGUCACUCGCUCUGGUUGAACGGCACUUUUCUGGGGUCAUGGAUUGGAAGCGCCGGCACUUCAAGCUACGACGCAACCUAUCAGCUUCCAGGACUUGCCCAAGGAGGAUUGUACAUCUUCACGAUUGUAAUUGAUCAUAUGGGGUUGGAUGGAAACUACAUACCUGGCAUCGACACCGGUAAGGCUCCUCGCGGGAUUCUGAGCUAUCGUCUUACAAGUUCCAUAAUCGAUAUGACUCCCAUAACCUGGAAAAUCACUGGAAAUUUUGGCGGUGAGGAUUAUAUAGAUCGUGCGCGUGGCCCUUUGAAUGAAGGUGGGCUCUACGCGGAGAGGCAGGGAUACCACCUCCCACAACCACCUACCGAGAAAUUCACCCCAGGUUCGCCAUUUUCGGCAUCAUCCGAGCCCGGUAUAUCCUUCUACACGGCGCCACUUUCACUCGACCUUCCAUCUAAUGAGUAUGACAUCCCGCUCUCUUUCUCAUUCCGCAACAUUGCGGGCGGGGCUGCGCGCAUUCAAUUGUACGUGAAUGGAUGGCAAUUUGGCAAGUUUGUGGGCCAUAUUGGGCCGCAGACAACCUUCCCAGUUCCCGAAGGGAUUCUGAAUUAUAAUGGUGAGAAUUGGAUAGGACUAGCGAUAUGGCGCAUGGAGGGGAGCGAUGAUGCGCCAGUUUUAGACUUCCGCCUUGAGGCUGGCGUGCCAGUUUUGACAGGGCGCGAUCCUGUUGUGUUAGUAGAGAGUCCGGCGUGGACGAGGCGACAAGGAGCUUACUGAUACUGUCGAUUUUGAGGGAUCUCGACUCAAUCUUGAGUGGUGACUAAUUGGAGCGCUUCUGCUGUCUAUACCACCUAUCACUCGUCCUAUUGUUGUGCGUUGGGAUUUUAAUACAUUUCAAAUGAGUUGUUUUUGUAAUCCGUCUAACAGCUGGGCGAAAAUCCUAUGCACACUUCAAAGGUACGUAGUUUGAAAACCACGACAUGAUUUUUAUGGCUAAUGAACCUGUAACAUACGCAAAAAUCUGUACGUCGUUGUUACCAACCAUUUCAUUUAAACUGUAUACGUCAUGGCUUUUACUUGCAUGGGCAUUUACUCGCGGGUCAUGACCAUACAUUUGGGGCCAUUCUACUCUUACGUGAAUUCUUUUGAAAUGUUUAUAGUUUAUUAUCGCUAACAAUAGUACCAAUCCCUGCGCUACAAUUCUGCUUUCCAAACCGACUAUCUAAUA